GUUCAGCAGCCCGAGAUACUAGCUGAUAAUAUAACAAGUGGAGAAGGGGAAGUAUUGCUGACUUUUCUGUUGAGCCUAGAAGAGCAGAUCUCUUUUACUAGGCUGAGGGCAGAAGAGAAGGAACCACAGUGCUGGAAGGAAUGGAAAAGGUAGUGGGUGCGGUAGUGCUGGUGAACUCCUUCCUCCUCUGCAGUGCCAUCCUGGACCUGACUGGCACCCGUGAGAUUGAAGGAGUGUGGAAGAGUUCCACUAUCUUACCAUGCAUCUAUGUACCCAUAGAGGACUUCAAUCAAGCAACAGUCAUUUGGACCAUGGAGCGUGAUCAAACCCCUGUCACUGUCAUUCGAAGAGAUCUCACUGGUGACCACACUCUGCUAACUCGGUAUAGAGGCAGGGUCAGCAUCCAAAAAGAAACCCCAGGCAAUGUCUCCCUCCAGAUUAAGGAUCUUGAAAUCCCAGACAGUGGGCGCUACACUUGCAAAGUCACCUGGAGAGCCCAGAAUGACAGCCUGAUAACAAAGGAGAUGACAACUACAGUUCGAGUUGUUAAAGUUGCAGUGUCCAAACCCAUCAUCACACCUGGUCAUCUGGGACUGACAGUGCCGGAAGGGGCUAGGGCAAGCCUGACCUGCUCAGCCAGAGGGUCCCCACCCAUCAGCUACCAA